AUGACUAGGAGAAAAGGCAAAGCUGUGAUUCAUAAUUCUCCUGUGAAGAAAGUUGAUGUUAAAAGCCCUUCCAAAGACUCUGUCAAGAAGAAGAGUACCUCUAGAGGACCUAUAGAGAGUAGAGUUGUGGCUAAAAGUGUUGGUGUUGGUCCCUCAAAAUCUUGGAGCAAGGUUGUUCCAAAGAAGAGGAAGGCAAGAGCUGUUGAAGAAUCCGAGUCUGAUGUUGAUGUGAAUGUCCAUGAAAUUCCAUUAAAGAAGAAGCCAACAACUAGCAACCUUGCUGCCAGUGUACCUAAAGUUCCCAUUGACAAUGUAUCCUUCCACUUUGGUGCAAAUGCAAACUGGUGGAAAUUUAUGUAUCAAAAGAGACUGGCCCUUGAGAGGGAAUUGGCUCAAAAUGCUCGUGACUCUAAGGACAUAAUGGACUUCAUUGAGGCUGUUGGCCUGAUAAAAACUGUUGUCCAUCUGAGUAAAUGCUAUGAAAUGCUGGUAAAAGAGUUCAUAGUGAACCUUUCUGAAGAGUGUACUAACAAAAGAUCUAAGGAAUUCAGAAAAGUGUUUGUAAAAGGAAAAUGUGUUAACUUCUCUUCCACUGUGAUAAAAAACCUCUUGGGAAGGUCUGAUGAAGCUCAACUUGAGCUUGAAGUCUUUGAUAACAAGGUAAGCCAAGUAACCACUACAAAUCAAGUCAGAAGCGGGCCUUUGAAAGGAAAAUUGUCUACCAGUAAACUAAGCAUGAAGUAUGCAAUGCUACAUAAGAUUGGGGCUGCUAAUUGGGUGCCAACAAAUCACAAGUCUACUGUCUCAAGUGUCCUUAGAAGAUUUAUCUAUGUUUUUGGUACAAAAGCAAAGUUUGACUAUGGUACCUACAUUUUUGAGCAGACCAUGAAGCAUGCUGGUAGCUACAAUGUAAAAGGACCUAUAACAUUUCCUUCUCUCAUAUGUGACAUCAUCUUAAACCAGCACCCUGGCAUCUUGGUUGAAACUGAUUCUAUUUGCAAAAGGGAAAGUGCUAUGUCUUUCCAUUAUAAAUUGUUUCAGCGAACGCAUGUCCGAGACAUUGUCAUGACAUCGGGUGAGACAUCCAAGAGUGGAUCAUCAGCCAGUAAGGCUGAAGUCAUAGCAAUGUUGAAAUAG